CCGACGACUUCCGGGUCAACUUUCCAUGCGAAAUUGACUGUCAGCACAAUUAUCAUCUCGUUAUGAACCACAUUUAGUUAAUUGGCAAGUGUGUGAAGUACUCCAUUCAUAUUUUGUUUCUAAGGUUUAAAACAGUUGCUUCGAUUCAUGCAAGAUGGUGUUUUACUUCACGAGUGCCGGUGAGUAACUGAGCUUGUCUUUAGCUGGCUAUCCCGCCCAUAGUUAGCUGAACCAGCUAGCCUAGAGAAUAUUAUUGAAUCAUUUUGUUAGCUAGCUACGUUUGAUUUCUAGCUAGAAAGCUUUCUUGACACAUAACCAUGAGUUGUCAGUCAUCAUGGAUGUUUGUUGACAUAUUCAGCCAGCAGAUGAAGCUAGUCAGCUAACGUUAGCUUAGCUAGCAAGGCAUUUAAUUAGGAAUAAUAAUCAUGUGGAGUGGCGGAUGGCAGAGUAAUUGUCCUAUUCUGAGAAUGGAUAGUUAUGUUAUCCAGACCCUACUGUGUAGCUAGGCAAAUGAUCAUAUUAUUCGUGUUUAAUUAGCCACAUAGCCUUGUUGAUAUAGCUAACUAUAACUAUUAACCUUUGCUUUGUUUUUAAUUUUACAGUUGUUACACCUCCCUACAGUAUCUACAUGGGGAAAGACAAAUAUGAAAGUAGGUGGCUGGUCAUUUAAAGUCUUGUUUUCUAACAAACCAUGAUUCAUGUUGUUAGCAGCAUUAAAGAUGACUACCCAGCUAACUGUCUGCUUAUUUCUCACUAUUAGAUGAAGAUCUCAUCAAAUAUGGAUGGCCUGAAGACAUUUGGUGAGAAACAUAUCUCUCUAUACUUAUAACUGAAACCAUGAGCCUCUUAUUGGGAUUUGACCAUUGAUGAGUCUGAACAUUCGUCUGAUACAUUACUCUGCAGUGUUGAAAAAUAUCCACAAGGUGGCCCUAGAGCUAGGCUAAGGUACUGUAGUCCUUUAUCAGCUAAUAGUGCUGUGGUAAUAUGUAUGUCAUUGAUUCUUUUAGUAUGUGUGCCUUAUUGCUGUUAUAAUAAUUAUGUCCACAGGUUUCAUGUGGAUAAACUCUCUUCUGCCCAUGUGUACCUACGAAUGCCUAAGGGACUGACAAUAGAGGAUAUUCCCAAGGAAGUCUUGAUUGACUGUGCACAGCUUGUGAAAAACAACAGCAUCCAAGGUAAUACAUUGAGUUUCCCGGUGAGUUUGAUAUGAAUACUAGAGUAGUUAAUACAAUAUCACAAACAUCUGCAUAAAUCUUGGUGAUAGCCUUUUAACUCUUAAUUACUCUUAACAGGUUGUAAAAUGAACAACAUCAAUGUUGUCUACACACCAUGGGCCAACCUAAAGAAAACAGGGGACAUGGAUGUAGGCCAAAUAGGUUUCCAUCGACACAAGGAGGUCAGUGAUCUCUCUGUUGGCAUAAUGAAUCUGUGUUACUUUCAGAUCUGUCUCUUUUAUAUGUGUCUCAUCUUUUGUUGUUAAUAUGUUCUUCGUUUCUAUAGGUUGUUAUCAAUAAAACAUCACAAUAAGGUGCAGAGCGUUCAAUUUGCCUGCUGGGGGGAAAGGAGACCCCAGCUUCGCUAAAACCAUUGACAACUGCAUGUAGUUUUCAAGGGAUUGUUAACAAAUGUUAACUAUUUGGUUUUAAUAUCAUCACCUCUUGAAGAGCAUAGUCAGAACUACACAUUUCCAAUUAUUCCAUGCAAAACAAUUCCGCACAUGUAGUUCUAUCAUCUGCGUUAUAAAGCAAGUAACUGCAUGAUUUUCAUGAUCAGUAAACAUCAAUUGAUCAUGUAAUUUCAGAUACCUGAGGGUAGACUCACGAUAUCUCUCAAUAUUGGCCUCCAUUAAUUGGAUAAAAGUGAACUAUACCUGAUAAGUAUGAGUGGUUUAGGAAAAUAGGUGGGCUCAACAUUGUUUUUAAGAGUGUUUAAUCACAAUUGCUGCUGACAGACAUGAUAGGCUACAUUGAUUGAUGGACAACGUCAAAUUGGCUAGCUAGCUAAUAACAGAUCAUGUCAAUAUGGCUAGUUAACAAGCUAACUUUCAGUGGUGAUGACAGUAGUCCGACUGACAACUUUACCAGCACAAGGAUUUGCCGAUGUCAAGCUCUUUCCAAAAGCCCAAUCUGAUGAAGCAAGCUAAAUUACACGUUGUUUGCUUAGCUAGCUAGCUACAUGCUAAAUAGAUAGGUUACCCUCAAAUAUCUGAAAAUACAUGAUCAAUUGAUGUUUACUGAUCAUGAAUAUCAUGAAGUUACUUGCUGUAUAACUCUUAUAGAGCAAAAUGUGGAAUAAUCUAAAUGUGUAGUUCUGACUAUGCUCUUCAAGAGGUGAUGAUAUUAAAACCAAAUAGUUAUAACAUUUUAUUUAACAAUCCCUUGAAAACGGAACGUAGCUGUCAAUGGUUUUAGCAGAGCUGGUGUUCUUCUUGCCCCCAGCAGCCAAAUCGAACGCUCUGCAUCGUAUUGUGACGUUUUAUUGAUGACGACCUAUUGGUUUUCUAUUUUGGUCAUUUAAAUGAAAGGAUCAUUUAAACCUGUUUGUCUACUGUUUUGUAGGUGAAGAUCGUGGCAGUAGAGAAGAAGGUCAAUGAGAUUGUGAACAGGGUGGAGAAAACAAAAGAGGAGCGAUACCCUGAUCUAGCAGCAGAGAAAGAGUCUCGAGACAGGGAGGAGAGAAACGAGAAGAAGGCCCAGAUACAAGAUCUGAAAAAGAAAGAGAAAGAUGACAUAAAAAAGAAAAGAGAGCUGGAAGAGCUCAAGUAAGUUCUCUUAUCUCCCUAGCUACAUCAUCUAUCUUCAACUGGCAUCCCAAAACACCAUGUGAAUAGUCAUUUAUGUGAAUGAUAUGAACUUACACAGUAAUUGUUCCUAAACAGAAGUUACUCUUCGCUGAUGACGAGUGACAAUAUGACAACAAAUGAGGUGAGUUGAUUAACAAAUUCCGAACAGUUAUAAUCUGUUUCUUUCAGAAAUAGACUGGCUUGUUAAUCAGUUAUAUGACUGUGUUGUUGGAAUAGGACCAUUCAUUAUGUCAGAAAUAUAUAAUGGUGUCUUUUUCAGGACGGAAACGAUUCGGAUGACUUCAUGUAAAAGGAGAAUAUGGGACAUCGGUGAGACACCAUCACCUGCAAGUAAACAUUGUUGGGUUGCACCCGCACUGUUAUACCGGACAGUGCUUUGACAUUGUGUAUAUAAAUCGAUAAACUUGCUACUGUAUUUUUGGAACAGUACUCGUGCCAAUUAUGCACAAUUUCAGGACCAUAGUGAACAGCUUGGUUACCCUACGCUUCUUGAAUUUCAAAGGAAAAAUUCAAAUAUCAUUGGUAUCUUGUACUUUACAUCCUCUGCUUGACUGACAAGAGGGUAACAACAAUCCCAGAUUCCUCAGACAAGUGCUGUCAAGGAUUUAGUCUUGGGACUGCUAUGCUCUAUGCUCUAUGAUCUAAUUAAGAAUUGGUGCAUGUUGACCUAAUGAUUUGAAUGCAUAUAUGAUCUUCUGACCAGUAUGUCUAGCUAUGGGUGAAAUGAAUAUGUACUUGACAUCUAUUAUUAUUUACCUGGCCGAUGGUGCAGGCUUUGUCCUGUCCAGAGACUGGAGCCUAGUAAAUGUGUCCUCAUGAGGCCAUGCAACUGAACGAGUGCUGACGUUAAUAAAAAUCCCCUUGUUUAUCCACGCAAA